CAUUAUGCGAGUUUAUUCUCGUGAGGGUGUGGCGUGGAGCAAAUCGUGGGGUCUGUAAAGAUCCAUACUCAUUUUCAUAAAAGGUCAUAUUAUGUUCGCUGAGAUCGGAUUGGUUGUCUCCGUUUAAAAUCUGUACAAGAAUAUGCAAGUGUGAGCUGGUUGACAGUCGUAUAGAUCUUUACGCGUCUCCCUUGAGUUCUUUAAUAACGUUCCAAUAAUCGAGGGAAAUUGUAAGACAGCACGGGAGAAUAAAAAAGCAAAAGAUAGCUAGGAGUAUUUGUCAACGUCAAAACGUAGUCGUCCUUUUCCGUUAAAAUAUGCCAGGGGUUACAGAAAUGUCUUUGGAUCACAUGUUCUGCUCUCGCUGCAGAGAAGGCUUCGUUGCGCAUGAAAAAAUUGUCAAUUCCAAUGGUGAAUUAUGGCAUCCGCAAUGUUUUGUAUGUGCACAGUGCUUUCGGCCAUUUCCAGAUGGAAUCUUCUAUGAGUUUGAAGGCUACAAAUAUUGUGAACAUGACUUUCAUGUUUUGUUUGCUCCCUGCUGUGGCAAAUGCGGCGAGUUUGUCAUCGGUCGUGUGAUUAAAGCAAUGAACUCUAACUGGCAUCCGCAAUGUUUCCGCUGUGAGGAAUGUAAUUGUGAAUUGGCAGAUCAAGGCUUCAUCAAGUGUCAAGGCAGAGCAUUAUGUCAUACGUGUAAUGCUCGUGUAAAAGCUGGUGUUCUUGGAAAAUACAUAUGCCAACAGUGCCAUGGAGUCAUCGAUGAUAAGCCCUUACGAUUCCGCGGUGAGCUUUAUCACCCAUAUCAUUUCAAUUGCACUACGUGCGGCGUGGAACUUAAUUCUGAAGCCAGAGAAGUCCGUUCUCGACCUGGCUACGCUGCCAAUGAAAUGAACGAGUUGUAUUGCUUGCGGUGUCACGAUAAAAUGGGAAUCCCGAUUUGUGGCGCUUGUCGGCGCCCGAUUGAAGAGCGCGUAGUAACGGCGCUCGGCAAACAUUGGCAUGUGGAACAUUUCGUGUGUGCUAAGUGCGAGAAGCCCUUCCUGGGUCAUCGUCAUUACGAAAAGAAGGGUCUCGCUUACUGCGAGACUCAUUAUCAUCAGUUGUUUGGGAAUCUCUGCUUCGUUUGCAACCAAGUCAUUUCCGGAGAUGUUUUUACAGCAUUGAACAAAGCAUGGUGCGUUCAUCACUUUGCGUGCGCAUUUUGUGAUCAGAAAAUGAAUCAGAAGACAAAGUUCUUCGAAUUUGAUCUGAAACCUGCGUGCAAAAAGUGCUAUGACAAAUUUCCGCAAGAGUUGAAGAAGCGGAUGCGACGUAUGUACGAUCUGAACCCUAAGAGGAUUCCGUCAGUAUAAACACAGUCUCGAUUCCCUCUUAAUUUUCAAGGAUCGAUCAAAAUCGUCGCUGGUACCUUACACUGCCUUAAGCUUGACAUAAAAAAACUUUUUAAAUAUUUUAAAAUGUAUUUAAUGUAUCAAAGCUAUUUUAACUAUUUUUAGCUGCUACAACUAUUUUUAAUAUACAACUUAUUACUAACAUUUGUAGUUUAAAAUAUUCAACGUCUCUCAGUUGAUUUUACAUGAAUGGAAGAAGUGCAAUAGUCUUGAAUAUUUUGUAUAAGUGAGGCACGACGCUAAUUUACAUUAUAGCUCGCAUUGUUAUAAACAAUAGCAGUUAUUUAACUAACCUGUACGAUAUACACUGUAUAGCCGAUUUUUAUUAAACUUAUUAUUUUAAACUCAUUAGCUUAUUAACGAAUUAUUGCUGGUGCGUUAGUGAAAUAUUCACAAGUCUGACAUCUAAAGUAAUAACGGUUUUUUAUUAUACAAAUGUGAUAACACUUAUAUACAUAAUGUAUAACAGUACAUAGUGUACAAUACUUACAUUUAACUAAAUUCUACGAAAUAUUGUUAUACGAAAAUAGACACUUAUUCCCCAAUUGUAUUUUUCAAAGACAUAUUGAAAUAUAAUAAAAAUUAAUUAAUAGUU